UGGGUGUGCUAAUGACAUGUGCCCAGACAGUGAUGAAGAGGGUUGUUGGAGACAAUGCCACGCUGCCCUGCCACCAUCACUUCUGGGUUGGUGAUCAUCCCACUCUGGACAUUGAGUGGCUGCUCCUCAAGCCAACCAACAGGCAGAGAGUGGUGAUUACCUACUUUUCUGGAAGAGUUUUUGACCCCAACGAAGGACAACGCGGUCGUGUAGCUUUUGCUGGAGAGUACUUAAAAGGCGACGCAUCUCUGCUCAUCAGUGACUUGUCACUCACAGACUCAGGAGAGUACAGCUGCAAAGUCAAGACUGGGCCACGGUACCACUGGAGUACCAUCAGUCUCACAGUGCUAGUGAAGCCAUCUGAGCCACAGUGCUGGAUGGAGGGCAAAUUCUUGGAAGGCAGUGAUGUUAAGAUGAGCUGCAAGUCCGCUGAUGGCUCUGAUCCUAUCCAUUACAAAUGGGAAAAAGUACUGGACGAAGGCAAAUAUGUAGACAAGCUGCCUCCACUGACACUGAUAGAUUUCAAAACCCCAGAGAUUGUGGCACUGAGGAAUUUGACCAAGGACGAUGCCGGACUCUACAAAUGCACAGCCAGCAAUGAUGUGGGAGAAGAGAGCUGCACAGUGGAAGUCAAGAUACACUAUGUGAAGGGAAUUGGUGUGGUAGCAGGUGUAGUGGUUGGUGUGUCCUUCGCCAUUCUGCUUAUCUUACUCAUCAUCUGGUUGGUAUUCUGCAAAAAGGACAUGGAAAAAAAUGAAGAGGAGGAGACGCCCAAUGAAAUCAGGGAGGAUGCAGAAGCUCCCAAAGCCAAACUAGUGAAGCCCAACUCCCUCUCCUCAUCUCGCUCUGGCAGUUCCCAUUCGGGCACCUCCUCCACCCAGUCCAUGGUGCACAACAUGGGACCUAAAUGUCAGCGUGCCUUUGUUCCUGCUGUGGCUGCCCUUAACGAGAACUGCCAGGCUUUCCCACAGUCUCCACCUGAAUGCCAUCAGAAGAUUCCCAAGAUCCCUGAACAUCUAUUGCACCCACUUCCAUGUCUACCUCUCACUCCAAACCCAGUCACUGCUGUUAUGAUCAAACCAGCUCAAACCAGGGCCUUCCAAGCCGUGUAGAAGAAAAAUCCAGUUCCUCAACUUACUUCAUUCACACUGUGACAAAACACUUUCAGCAACUUAACUCUUGAAGAAUUUCUGCAAUAUAAAAAGAGUUUUGUUCUGGUGUCAUUUAUUUGUACAC